AUGGGCGGGAGACGGCGAAAGGCUCGGGGGCGCCCCGCGGGGCUCCCUCUUUCGGCACGCAUCACCCACCCCAAGCUGUCCGAUGCGAAUGCGAUCCCACUAUCUGGCGCGACCUCCCCCAGGUUUUCCGACACCAAUUCAACAGCCCUUGCAUUCCGGCCUCGUUCCGAGACGCCCGCCGUGGAACCCGCCGCGGAACGCACCAUCUGUUCUUCCUUGAAUUUUGAUUCUUCGCAGCAGCAGCAUUUCCCCAAUGGCACGGUUACUAAUCCCCCCCCCAGUAGGUACGAGGAUGGAGAAGUCCGGCGCUAUGGCGCUGGCGAGUCGUACCGACCCUUUAACCGCGACCGGUCACCGCCGCCCCGUGCUCGGAGCCCCUUGAGAGAUCGCCCGCGAACCCCGCCUGUGACUAGCGACAGUUACGUCCCCGGCAGGUCCCCACGCCGACGGUCUCGCAGCGCCGACCGCUUUAGGAGAGAUAGGGACAGGUCUAGGGAUCGAGUCGGGGGUGAAAGCUGGCGACGCAGCCGCAGUAGGAUCAGAAGCCCGGUCCGCCGUGUUUCCCCGAGACGGAGCCCAGUCAGGCGAUCGCCGCCUCGCUUUGUUUCCCCGCGCCGCGACGACCGCGCAUUUGUUAGAAGGGACGACAGACGGGAUGAUAGACGAGAUGACCGAAGAGACGACCGUCGCGACGACAGGAGAGAUGAGCGAGACGAACGGCCGAGGUCUCCUCCGCGCCGCGAUUAUGAGAUUAGAGACAUCAGGCGGCGUUCGCGGUCCCCAUUCGACCGGGACAGACUACCAAUUCGCCGAGACCGAUCAACCCCGCGACGCUCACCCCCGCCAGGCCCUCGUGGAGGUGGCAUAUAUCGCCCUCGGUCUCGCAGCCCGGAACGACGGGAUCGCGAUGAUCGCUACGUGGGACCGUCGUACCGUCGACCAUCCCCGCCACCACCGCGAGACUCGAUCCACUCAUCUGGUCUGCCCUCGCGGUCGGGCUCGGGCAGGUCCUCACCCAGGCCUACCUCUGGGCGUCGAGACGAUCGAUCUGUGCCGCAAUCUCCGGCUGCGCGGUCUUACAUAUCGAACGCGCCAACGCCUACUCCCGCAUUCCCGCCGGUUCGUGAUACCCCAAAGCAAGCGGCUCCGCCUCCUCAAUCCUCACAAGCCGCUUUAGCCAGCCAACCUACCCCGAAGCAGCAACAGCCCGCCACCGCAGCCGAUACCGCUUCGACCCCGGUAAGGUCCCCUCCCAGGGGCCCCGCUGCUCUCAGAGCCCCGCCGACCGGGCCCGCAGCUGCUAGGAACUUUACGACACCAGCUACACCCCAACCUGCCCCGUCGCCACGUACCCUACCCCCUGGCCCCAACGGACCGUCACGUCACGGUGCUACUAGUCCUACCAUCCCGCCGUCCGGUCCACGCGGCUAUGUCCCUCCUCGUGGCGCAGGCUUUGCCGGCCGUGGCAGCACUCGAAGCAACUGGCCUGCCGGUCCCACUCGUCACUCCAUCUCCGGCAGCAGUCAAGCCGGCUCACCCACCAUCCCGUCUGCCGGGCCCAACGGCAGCAACAACAAUGGCAGCAGCGGUGGUACCAUCCCAACCGGUCCCCGUGCCCAAUCCACCUCAUCCGCCUCCGGUUCCCCAUCCCUCGGAUCCAAACCCUUCAACCCGCCCACCGGCCCUUCCUCCGGCGGAAACCACAUCCACAGCGGCCCACAACACUCCCACAGCCACGGCCACCCCUACAACAGCCGCCCUUCUCUCGCGCAAAGUCUCAUCAACACCAUGCCCCCAAUCAUCCCCGGCGGCAAGAUCGAUCCCACCGCGAUCCCCAUCGAGCUGGAUCCGCACCAUCGCCGGCUUCGCGAGGAAGAGGAGCGAUUGCGUGAGGAGCUGCGCGUGAAGCAGGAGAAACUGCGCAAGAGUCUGCGGGUGUGGGAUAAGUUGGAGCGGGAGAGCAAGGCGUUUGAACUGAAAGCCGAUUUGAGUGGGGCCAGUCUGAAGAAAUUGGCUGGUGAGGGCUUGGGUGGCGCUGCUUUCUGA